CCUCCCCCGCCCCCGCCCCCGCGCCGCGCCGAGACCCGCCCGCUGCGCGCGCCGGCCGACGACGACAAGCCUCCCCCUCCUCAAAUCGUCAUCGUCCCCAACACCGCCCCGGACCAGGCCCCCGGCCCCUCCGAGCCCUACCGCGGCCCCAAGAUACCCCUCCCCGAGCAGUGGCUCAUAAAGAAACCUUUCGACUACAAGUAUUCGACCAUCCCCCGGCCCCUGGUCCAGAUCGAGUCGGAUUUGGGAAGCGACCUGACGAAGGAGUCGAGGGCGAAGAAAUAUAGCGCCACGCGCUCGCCUUCGCUCGAAAAAGACGAGAAAAGUCCGUUCCUAGCGAGGGGUCCCGACGACGUGUUCGGGUUUGACGCGGAAGUCGUUAAAAAAGUUAACGAGGCCGAGGUCGAGGUAGACGUAGAUAUGGAUAAGCCCGCCCCUCCUAAGGAGGAGAGGAGCGAUAUGUCCCCGAGUAACUUGCGCCGCUUUAGGUCCGUCAGCACGAGGCUGAACAUAUGCAGUGUCACCGAGACCCCUCAUCUCGAAGGGCAGCAGGAGAGGCUGGAGAUGCAAAACUCUCCGAGAGUUCUCGACUGCGCGAAAGAUAAGUCAAAAUUCGACUUCUCUCCCAAACUUUUAGCCGACAGCGUGAGCUCCCCUAGAUUCUUCACGCCUCCCGAGGCGGUCUCCCCCAUAUUCUUCGCGGAACCUUCGCCCAAAUCUGUCUACUACGACACCGUCAGGUCUCCCAAAUUCUUCCCCGAGACGCCUAAAGAGGCCGAAGUUCCGCAGUCGCCCCGGACUCUUGGGGAUCAUUUGAACAGAAACGCUGCGGAGAAACCCAGCUCACCUAGAGUGUUGAGCGCGAGACCUAGCCCUAAAAUCCAUAGCUGCAACAAGGAGAAUUAUUUCACAUUCGACGCGGCUUUGCCCGAGGAGGGUGCCGCUAGAAUGUCUCCAAAACCUAGACGAUAUGGCGGGAGAAACUCGUUAGAAAAGGAAAGAUAUACCCCUCCGGCGGACAAGGAACCUCGGCGAUAUCGCAGACACAACAGUUGCGAUACAAACCACAAAAAUAUAGAACUUAAUAUAUCAAAAUGCGAGGAAACCGAAGAGGUUAACAAAGACGUAGUAGAUUGCUGUGCCAAAAUGGAAACAUUAGAAAUAGAAACGAAAGAGGAGCGUAACGAAUUGACCCCUAAUCCGAACACCGCGCAAGCGAGACGACAGAGACUCAAAUCGAUAUCUCUAGACUCCGACAACGCUAAGAUUAUUGAACAGAAUCUUGGCCUGCCCAUAGCUAAGCAGAUGAAAGACCAAAUGAAUGAAGCUUAUAAGAAUGAUGUGAGCGCCUCGUGUGAAAGCAUGGAAAGGCAUCUCAAAACACCGCCGUCGGACCAACCUGUGUUUAAAUUUGAGGAAGAACCAACAAAGGAUAAAACCUCCGAAGAGGACGAACCGAAGAGCCCUGAUUUAAAGAAGAAAACUUUACGCCAAAGCUCAGAUACACAAUCCUUUUUAGAUAUGCCCAGAUUUUCGCCAAAGGAAUUCGAAAUUACAGUUACUACGGAAGAAGGUUCGACGUCGUUAGCGGAAACUCAAACGAAACGGAAAGGAAAGAACUUAAGAAAUCUAACAAUCGAUCUGACGAAACGGGAUAGCGAUUUGGAAAAAGAGCUAUUAGAAUUCGAAAAGUUGUACACUAACGCUGAAGAGAAAAAGGUGAAAACGCCUACUCUGAAAGUGAAAGCGACUUCUUUAGAUUCCUCUGAAUCUGUUAACUUGUCGCUGCCCCAGAAGAAAACUUUGGACGUCCCGCAGAAUUCUAUAUCGGUACCUAACACGCCGAAACGCCAGUUAAUAAGGAUUUUAGCUCAGAGGAACAUUAAACAUGAGUCAGGGUCUAAAAGCGCAGAGCAACGCCGGCUUUACAUGAAAGGCCAAGACAGCGGCAUAUUUUUGCGUGAACACCAUGCAAAUCUGAUGCUAUACCAGCCUGGCCCGUCUCGAAGAACUAUGGGUUCUUUUGACGAAAACAUGUCAGAUUUUGCCGAAAACCCGCCAGAAAUCAACGUGUCUGGACCGACCUAUCAUCAAGAGUCCGGUCAAACUUUAGGCUCAAAUCUUCUCAACUAUAAGCAGAAUCUAAGCGUGUCCAGCACUAAUUUAAAAACAUUGCCCGAAGGCGUCACUUCUGACGAUUUCGAACCGAGUGAGGAGGAUGACAAAUUAGCCAAGAAACUUCAUAGAAGGAACUCUAACCAGAGCUUGAUGCUCAGCACGCAUAGCUUACAAAGUUCAAACUGUUCUUUAAAUAGCUCCGGAGCUUCCUGCCACAACUUAACGACAGUUAGAACAAGCAUGUCGAACUUCAGCUUGACUUCAGAUAGCAGAAAGAAACUGUCUUUAGACCGGAGAGAUUCAAAUACUUCAAUAAAUGCAGAACAUCUCACACCAACCACUAGAGUCAUCUGCUCAUCAAAUACGAAUGUGUCUGGAGAAUCCAAAAACUGUUUAUUACAACGAAGGGGUUCCAACAACAGUCUAACUUUAAAUAUAUUGUCAAAUAACACUUUGAGCAGACAUUCUAGCAACAGCUCUUUAAAUAAAGAGGCCAAACCAGGCCAAAAGAAAGGGCUCCUUGAACGGAGAAGCUCAAAUACUUCGCUAACUUUAAACAUCAACAACUCAAACCCACAGUUAUCCGUAAACCGGAGCCUUAGUAUAUCUAACUAUAACCUCAAUGGCUCCACGUGCAACUUAAGCCGGUACAACAGUAACCAAAGCAUUGAUAACCCUCCAGAGAAAAAGGGAAUAUUAGAAAGACGAAGUUCAAAUACGUCUUUGACUUUAAACAUCCAGCCACAGGAACCAAGAGACAUAGAAAUUGAUGAGCAUCUUAUAGACAGUAAUCUAAAGGAUCUCCCGCAUAGAGAUAAACAUAGAAAAUCUCUAAGCACGGAGAACUUGAUACCAAUGUCUUAUAAAACUCGCAUGAGACGAACUGGGGAAAACAAAUGCGUUGGAUUCGGUUCUCAUGACAAUCUAUGGUCAAACUCUUAUAGCACAGACGAAUGCCCUCAAAAUUUAACAUACGUCUGUGGAGACCAGGAAAACGAGAUUAUAUACGCUUUUGGAAGACAGGAGGAUCCAAAUUUCCAGCAAGGAUUCGUAAGAAACAUCACUACUAAACCUUUAAGUCCGCAAAGUACGUCUGAAGACUUCAGACUGUAUUUGGCGAAUAUGCAGCACCUUCAGAACGCGUCGAGCGUAUUAACCAGACAACAAUUAAGAGAUUUAAACGACGUGUUUCAGAACGGGUAUUCGAAAGUUAAAUGCCUCAGUGCGACGGAAGGGCAGCAUUGCUGUUCUAAUAAAGUUGAUGCGGAUUUGACAAAGGAAAACCCUCAGAUGUUGAUACCUGACGUAUCGCAUCCGUGUUCGGAGUACCAGAAAACUUUGCUAAGGAAUUUGCACCAGGAGUUUUGGGAUAUGCCGACAAACUUUCAGGAGAAGCCGAUAGUUUCUGGGUCUCAUCCGAAGAAUAGAUAUAAGACUAUUUUGCCGAAUGAGCAUUCGAGGUUCAUACUGAAAUCUGACGCGGCGAUGGCUGGCGAGGGAUACAUUAAUGCCAAUUUUAUUAAGGGGCAUGAAUACACCAAGAACUGCUACAUCGCCACCCAAGGCCCUCUCCAAAACACUGUUUACGAUUUCUGGAAGAUGGUGCAUCAGAACUGCUCCCAUACUACCUCCCAAGGCAUCCAAAAAGUGGUCAUGCUCACAAACUUCUUUGAAAACAAUCGACAGAAGUGCGAGAAAUACUUCCCGCUAGAAAUUAAUGAAGAAAUGGUAUUCGAAAGUCCGGAUUCAGAAGUGGGAUCGAGCUUCAAAAUCAAAAAUAGAGGUCUCAUCAAAAAGCCUGGUUAUACUAUUCGGAACUUAAAUGUGUGUUGUGACGAUGAAUCAGUGACUGUGUACCAUUAUUGGUUCCACAAUUGGGCGGACCAUAAGUGCCCUAAAGAUGUGAACGCGCUCUUAAAUUUAAGUUUAGACGUUUUAAAAGAAAUUACGUACAAUUUUGAUGAUAGUGAUUUGUGUCAGUGUGUGAGUCCGAAAAAGGAUUUUUCGGUUUCAAAGUUUGUGUUUCCCCCGUCAGAUGACUCUGAGGAUGUAAGUGUAAGUGUAUCGACUCCUAUAGACUUUAGUAAAGAGAAUAUGUCACCGGCUACCAUAGUUCACUGUUCAGCAGGUAUUGGUCGUACGGGGUGUCUUAUAGCUAUCCUGAAUGGUAUAAAACAGCUAAGUUUAGAACAGAAAGUAGAUGUGCUGGGUAUAGUUUGCAAUAUGAGGUUGAACCGAGGUGGUAUGGUGCAGAAUUCAGAACAAUACGAGCUCAUACAUAAAGUACUGUGCGUUUUUGAACAGACAUGCUUACCAAGCUUAUAGCUGGAGAUUUUAUAGAUGAAUGCAAAGAACAAUUUGAUGUUUCAUGAUUUGUCUAAAUUAGACUUUGUCGUAAUGCUAAGAGAUCAUAAUGAACUAAGAGUUGUUGUGAAAUGAAUUAUUGCUGUUACACGCGAAUCUAAACGGACGAACCGCUCAAAAAGAUCUAUACAUGCCCUUUUUGGAGUUUGUCUAUAAAAAGUAAAUGUCCCAUAAGUGACGCCGUUUUUGAUUAGCCAAAUAGGCAAAACGAUGUUCAAAAC